AUGACAUCCGGUUCGGACGCGCUGGCCGCUUACAUCCAUGACAUCGAGCAUGGGACAGUGGUGCUGAUCGGCGCGCGUGACGAGGCAUCCAAAAAUCUUACAGACACGGCGAAAGCAGCGAUCAAAACCUGCGGUGCAACCAUGAUCGACGGUCUGUCGCACAGAGGUGCCUAUGCGCUGGUUGGCAUCAAGGGAGGGCCAGCCUUGGCUGAAGACAUCAAAAGAACAACGGAAGGAUAUGCUGUGGCCGUUGCACGGAUGGAGGUGGUCUUCUCCCCGAAGUCAAAAAUGCCGAUUUGCGAUGCAAGAGUUCCGGUGCUUCCGGUGGAAGGCUACUUAUCUCAGGGCAACCUCAACCUGGACGCAGGAUGUCGCUACAACCUUUAUGAGACGGCACAAGCAACACAGUGCUUGCAAGGAAGUUGGAUUGUGUUAACUGGCUCAUCCAACACCUUGCUGGAGUUUGGGAACCUUGUCAACCUCCUCGCCCCCGAUGAGUACCACAUCCGACGCGAUGGAAAGAUGAUAGACACUUCUGCUGCUGUAGAUGCUGUUAUCGAGAACGGGCAAGUCACUCAUUGGGAAACGAUCAGCAACGAGCUUCCGGAAUGCAGGCAGGUGGACAUUGCCGUUGCGAACCAGAAUCGAGCAGAGUGCAAGAAAGCUAUUGAAAAUCUCGUGGUGAGAGCGCCAGCAUAUGGUUCUGGGUCCGUUCGCAUUACCUUCUUACUUUCUUAUUUUUGGUAUCGGACUUCUUUGGCUUUGGAGGUAGUGGGCGAGGAUACGCUGUGGAGUGGCGCGGAGGUGGCCGUGGUGACGCAAGUGGGAGCCUGGUACAGCGCCUGUGUCGAGGAGAGGAACAACGACAGUUGCCCAAGGAAGGAGCUCCUCGCAAUGGACAGAGAUCCCGCCAUUCAAGUCUUCAAGGAUGAGAUGGAGGAGGUGUUCUGGCAGAUGGAUAGCUUCUGCACUGGCGGCGGACGAGCUGCCACUCUUGGCUGCAACGUGCAGACCAUUUCAUGGGCUAACGAGGUACGUGACAACGAGAAUUUCCAGGUGAUGAAUGCCCAGAUCGAGCAGGCCAUGGCCGUCCGACAAUCUUCAUCCUUCCGCCUAAUCGACGUCUUCAGACUUGGUGGUUCCAUGCCAUUUGAGGUGGUCGAGGGCCACGGCUCGCAGAUCUUGAAUCUUUGGGUAUGGACAGUUAUGUUCAACGCGAUGUGCCCUGCGGCGCUUGCAGCCCGUGGCGCAUACGCAGUUUGGGCGGGCAACCUCUGCUCCGGAACAGAGGCUCGAUUUGAGAAUUGCCCCGACUACUCCUCCAGCUGUUUGAAUGGCCGACGAUGCAAAAAAUGGGAAUGUAUGAACAGCAUUCCAUGCACUUUGACAGUCACAGAUCUUCCCCUGGUUGGGAACACCGAAGGACUCUGCGAUGAUCGAAUGAACAUCACCGAGUUUUUGGCGGAUCCAAUUCUCAUGGACGAACCCCUGGACUUAGAUGCAUGCCACAGAGGAAGCCUUCGACCACGCUUGUGGUGUUUGCAAGACGUCGAGUGGCUCUUGCCACUGGUCAGUGUCAUUGCGGCACUGUGCAUUGUUGGAGUCCAGUACGCUUGGGAAACAUCUCGACAGAAGGCUACCCGUCAGAGCCUUGAAAGCUCAAAAGAGGACAUGUCAGAAGCGAGAGCUGUCGAGGCUGACAAGACUGUGACCAUUCAGGUUCACGACGAGUUUGAAGUUGGUCAGGAAGUGCCACAGGAGAAGCCUUCUGCAGACGCGUCGAAGCUACGAGCAACUAACGGGGAGUUCGCAGAAGACGUCAUGUCCUCAGCACCAUACGCCAUGAAGCCCAAGACCCACAUCGAGCAGUUGAAUUCAGAGGCAACUGAGGCAGCGAUGGACAUCAACAAGCCUGAGUGCCACGCCAAUGCAGAAGAAGACCUCCAGAAGUUGGAGGCCAGGGAAGCAAAGGAGUCGGCCACGGCGGAUACAGCCAGGCUGGCGCAGAUGGUCGGAACGCGUAAAGCUGGAAAUAGGUACCCUCUUGGGCUAGCACGCUUCAUGGGCUCGACCCAUGUUGCUUUGGGCAACCUUUUUGCAAAGGGGGCGACGCAUCCCGUGUAUUUUUUCGGCUGGGGCUUCACGUGGGUGCCUUGCUUCUUCAUGCUGUCUGGAUUCGUCCUUUUCUCUGCGUAUCUGAAGAACCCCAAGGAGGAGACUAUGAUCCAGUAUGUUCUGCGUAGGAGCACAACAAUCUACCCAUUGUACGCCUUCUCUCUCAUCCCAGCCUUCAUCAUGCAAAAGAGCUUGGGUACCAUGUCCGCAGAUUGGCCGACGUUGCUAGCACAGUCCUUCCUGCUUCAAGCAUG